UUGUAGUCAGAUUAAUAUCUAACUAGUUUAAUUAGCAAUUACGACAGAAGACGUGUGUUAUUGUUAUUUUUUCAAUCCUCACCUAAACCAGUAAACAGAAAAAAAUAUUCGGAGAAACGAAGGGCCAGAGUCAGGAACUGCAGAACUGUGGGGUUUUUAGAAAUUUAUCAAAUAUGAAGAUGAAAAGUUUUACUUUUGUAGUUUUUUAUAUCUGCUUUCAUAUACAUCACACACAAGCAGAGCUACAUUGUCAUUGUGGAGGCAACAAGCCAAAUCCAUUCUGUUCAAGUGAUACAUGUACUGUAGAAGGAAAAGGACAAUGUUAUCAUCAUAUUCAGAAAAUGCCAGAUAGUGGAAAUAUCUAUGAAUCUUAUGGGUGUUUUACAGAAGGAACUUUACGUUCUAGUCCUUUUGUUUGUAAACCAUCUACGAGUGAAUAUCUUGUACAAACAUGUUGCAAUGAUGAAGAUUAUUGUAACGGAGAACCUAUAUUUUUGCCACCUCCUGAGACUACUGUUCCAGAAAAAUCCGGAUUAACUUCUUCACAUCAAGCUACAAUCAUUUCAAGUAUAGCUGGUAUUUUGUUGAUAUUAGUGGUUGUAAUCUUUGUUCUCGUAAAAAGAAGAAGUACGAUUAAAGAUCCUCUAAGUAGUAGUGGAAGUAACGGUUCAUCUUUGUCCAUAAAGGAGGGUUAUGUCACUGACAAUAAAGUUUCUUCAGAAUUUGACGAUUGGUCAAGCGGUUCUGGAGCUGGCCAGCCUUUACUGGUCCAGAGGACAAUAGCCAGACAAGUUCAGUUACAAGAAGUCAUUGGAAAGGGACGAUAUGGGGAGGUUUACCGAGGAAAAUGGAGAGGGGAUGAAAAUGUAGCUGUGAAAAAAUUUUCUUCUCGUGAUGAGAGAUCUUGGUUUAGAGAAGCGGAGAUUUAUCAAACAGUUAUGCUUAGACAUGAGAAUGUGCUCGGAUUUAUUGCUGCUGAUAACAAAGAUGUAGGAACAUGGACUGAAUUAUGGUUACUUACGGAAUAUCAUGAGAAUGGAUCCUUGUUUGAUUACUUGGAAAGAACCCAAGUUGACCAAGCCGGACUUUUUAAAUUGUCAAUUUCAAUCACCAGCGGACUUGAACAUCUCCAUAUGGAGUUUCUCGGCACUCAAGCAAAACCUCCGAUUGCUCAUCGUGAUUUGAAAUCGAAAAAUAUUUUGGUGAAGAAGAACGGUGAAUGUGCAAUUGCUGAUCUUGGACUCGCAGUACGACAUGACUCACAGACUGACACCAUUGAUAUUCCGCUGAAUAACAAAGUUGGGACUAUAAGAUACAUGGCACCUGAAGUAUUAGACGAAACACUAAACAUGAGACAUUUCGAUUCAUUCAAGAGAGCUGAUAUUUAUUCUCUUGGUCUGGUUUUCUGGGAAAUUGCUCGACGUGCAGAUGUUGGAGGACAAGCGCUGGAGUACGAGCUUCCAUACUUUGAUGCUGUUCCUAACGAUCCAUCUGUUGAAGAUAUGCGUGCAGUUGUAUGCGGAAAGAAACAACGUCCUACUGCAUAUCCACUCUGGGAACAAAACGAUUGCCUUAGAGGAGUUUAUAAGAUCAUGUGCGAGUGCUGGUAUGAAAAUUGCUCUGCUCGACUCACAGCAUUGAGAGUGAAAAAAGCUCUGAAAAAACUUCAGGACGAAGAAGGAAUAAAAAUCGUUUGAUGAGCAGGAUCGCAAUAAACACUUGUUUUAUAACAUGUAUAUUGCCAUAAAGGCUAACUGACAAUAUUGUUUUCAGCCAUGACAGGCUUGAAUUUAUGAUAAAUUCAAAUUCAUCUAAUUGUCUUGCCAACUUGAGGAAUUGUUUGAGCAAUUCGUAAGUUUUGACUUGGUCAAUGUAAAAAUAUAUGGGUGGAAUUCGAAGAUGUAAGAGACCUAUCAGCUUUAUUGAAAAUCCCACUUCAUAUGCUGAUACAACCAUUUGCUGAAACUUCAAUGUCUAUUCUAACACAUGAAUUAUCACAGUAACCCAUUAAAUUUAUUCUCAAUGAAUGCAGGAUUUUCUGGAAAGGGUGCUAAUGAUUACUAUUGUCUAUGGUGGCAUAUGACCAUUAUGCUAAAUAUUCUCAACCUGGUAAUCAUUAACAGGUUGGAAGCCUGACUCUGGCUGUACGUAACAUGUGAUUCUGGAUGAAUUUUAAUUAAAAUUAGUCAUUUUACUUUAGUUUUUGCAUUUUGUAGCAUAACAUUUUUGAAAUUAAAGAAAAAACAAAACGCAAGCCUAUAAUCAAUAUAAUCCUGGCAUUCUGAAUGUCUCCCACUAGAUUGUUUAGAGAAUACCAUGGAACAAUUUGCGCUCUUUAGUUGACCAGUCGUCAGACAUCCAUGUUACAUACUAUUCUGCCUGCCCAUCCAUUACUAAAUUUGCCAUAUUUGCUGCGGUUUACUUGGCUUUGUACAGCUUAAUUACAGUACUAUAUAAAAACAUAUUACCUGCUGAUAAAAAUUUGUCACAUUUUCACCAUCUAGUUCAUUUUUUAGACUGUUUUUUGUACUAUCAAAAUUCAAUUCAUAUUUUCAAUGUGCCCCUAAAUCCUAAAACAUUUAAAUAAGGCAAAUAUGUAGAAAAAGGACUUAUUGUUGUGAUUUUAUUUCAAGUACCGUCAUCUGCCAACUUAUUUUUGUUUUCGAAUUUUACCCCACCAACGCGUAUGGUUAUCGAAUAUUGGUACAACCAUAGUCUUCAUCCUUAAUAUUUGAUUCUUAUGAUUGAUAAAUUUUAUGAUUUUUUUUCAUUUCUGGGUGAAGAAAUACAUUUAAAAUAUUUUACUUUUUACGUUGCCUUGUUUUAGAAACAUAGGGUUUAGUGGCUUUAAAAAUUCUCAUAAAUUUUUAUCAUUAUAGUCCUGCCUGGAUGGUAAUGUUAAUAUUGGGGAUUUAUUUGAACUGAAUGUUUCGAUUUAUAAAGUCUUCAAAUGAAUUCUAAUAGUUCCACAUUGACAUAGCGUCUCUGUUAUGGUUUUUAUAUUUGAUCUUGUGUUUUGGAAUUAUUAUUAUAAGAAUUUGGCAAAAUAUUAAUCAGUAGUAUUCGACCCAAAUCAUAACUUCACUGCAAAAUUGGAAACUGUAUGUUAAAUUCAGUAACCUGAAUUAUCUGGAUUCUCGAAAAAAAAUUGUCUUAAUUUUGUUUAAGCUUAAGGUAUGCCAUCCUACAGACACUCAGACAGUGGUUGGCAAACUGUGGCCCGGGAACAAUUUCUUUGUUACCCCUGAACAACUUCACUUUUAAUACAUACAAACAAAAAUUGCUCAUAACUUUGCACACAUAUGUAUAUCAUCGCAAUUCGCAAUGGCUGUUGUACAGCGUUUGUUUUGUUGUAAUUAAUAGCGUAAGGGCAUUUUAUUGUGCACAGUAUGUCAUUUACUACCAAUAAUUUUUUUCAACACCGAAAUAGGAGUUCAAGUGCAUUAUAAUUUGAAGUUUAAUGUUGCCCGCACGCUACCGUGAGCAGAUUUGGCACAAUGGUUCGUAAAAUUUGCAGACCACCGCCCUCAAAGCUUCUAACAAGAAUAGUAGAAUUCUUAAAUCUAAUUUCAUGUGAUUUUUUUUAAUUAAUACAUUAUAGUGUCUGAGCCUAAAUAAAUCUGCAUUUAUUUGUGUAAAUAUAAUAUCAGCUUAUCAUUUUUAGAUGACUUCUUAGGGGUGAAUACUUCUUUUAGGAUAAAAUCCUCUCUAAAUGUGUAUCUGUUCCUGAUUACCCUGUUGUCUUUUCGUGAAUGUGCAUGAGAGAUUUACAGGGUGUUCAUAAAUUCCUGUAUAAAAAUGGUAGGCAUAUAAAAGUGUAUAAAACUGAUCGAAAUAAAACAAACCUGGUUAAGAUAUAUUGAGAACUAACUUCAUAAUAAAAUUAGAAUUAUAACAGGACUUCAUAAAUACCCUGUACUGUAUCUCUGUCCUCCAUUAAUUCGCUCUUGUGUUCAAGCAGACGAUGUUUCAAAUUCAAUUUGAGGAAAUAUCUCUCAGAAAUUCAAAAAAUAUGGAUUUCACUAUUUUUUUGUUUUUUUUAUCCAGCAUAUUUUAUUAUAUAUAUACAACCUUUUUAACAGAAUACCGAUUUUCUUGUUGAUUUUAUAUCUGUAUCAUGGAAAUUAUGAGGAAUGAAAUCAAGUUGAAAAUUUUGACAGGUGUGUAAAAUUGUAUACUGAUAGCCUUUUUCCUUAAAAGUGGAGAUCCUGAAUUUUUGUGGUAUAUUCAUGUACUGCUGUUUACUAUAGAUGAUUACACAUUUGACACCCUUGGUUCACAGUUUGAAACCUUUUGGAAGUAGAGUGUCAUAUGAGUGAAUUUUUAUAUUAGAUUCGAGAAUUUUCGCGAUCUUGGAGUAGUGUUUUAUUCAUUGAAAAUGGUAUUAUGUUCAUUGUAUAAUUAAUUUUCCGCAAUCUUAUCUCUCCUAUGAUCUAUCCUUUUACAUUACUUUGUAAAUAUAUCUAUCUUCUUCAUAAA